AAAUUACCACAGAAGUGAAAGUGAAAGAUGUGAACGACGGUGAGACACGAGUUACUUUUAUAGGGUUAAUAAUUAAAAUAUUUACUUAAUUUUAGCAGCAGGUUGGGCCGGUGAUGUUUCAGAGAUAUUUGUGUAUUAAUAUAUAAUUGUAACAGUGCGUAUAGAAAGAUUAAGUGAAAUAGCUACUUUGUAAAUUACCGUUUUUUCGUACCUAUAGGCUCCAAUUUCCCUAAAAAUAAAAAUAAUAGAAACUUUUUUUUUUUUUGUUGGCGUUUGGAUGAGCUUUGAGUGAUGGACAACAACUCUUGGCGAACCCAGAAGAAAGCUCUCGCAUACAGGAGACCAUAAUAUUCAUACUAGAGAGUUAAUUUUGAGGUACGAAAUCAUGACGAACACGAAACGGACGGAGCAACCCGUCUACAUCAGCUGUGUAGACGAGGUACGCUACUCUUUUGUCAGCCACCUCUCGGACGCUCUCCGCCGUGAAGGCAUUUCUGUAUUCGUCGAUUCCGACGAUCUCCUCUCCAAGGAGGCGCAGGAAAAGGUGGAGGGCGCUAGGGUUUGUGUGAUGGUUUUACCAGGAAACGGUAGGGUAUGCCUUGAGAAGCUCGGGAAGGUUCUCAAUUCCCAGAGGGACAUCGACCAGGUGGUGGUUCCAGUGCUGUACGGCGACAGUCAAUGGUACGACGAAUGGCUUGACGAGCUGCAUUUGAGGGGCUUCUCAGCGGUCUACCAGUCCAGGAAGGAAUGCAACGACUCCGAACUUGUAGAGGAGAUUGUCAGAGAUGUGAAUGAGAAACUCUCACAUAUGGGGCGAAUUGGAAUCUACUCGAAGCUGCUGGAGAUUGAAAACAUGGUUAACAAGCAGCCUUUGGGCAUCCGCUGUCUUGGAAUCUGGGGUAUGCCUGGGAUAGGCAAGACAACACUUGCUAAAGCCUUCUUUGAUCAAGUGUCUGGUGAAUUUGAUGCUUGUUGUUUCAUUGAAGACUUUGAUAAAGCUAUUCAUGAGAAGAGAAUUUAUCGUGUCGUGGCUGAACAAUUAACGCUUGGAAAUGGCGGUAAACUGAGCUUGCGCAGAGACAAAUUAAUCAGUAAGAGAGUUCUUGUUGUUCUGGAUGACGUGCGUAAUCCUCUGGCUGCAGAGUCUUUUCUCGAAGAGUUUGACUGGUUUGGUCCCGAGAGCCUGAUCAUCAUAACGUCUAGAGAUAAACGAGUGUUUCGCCUUUGCCAAGUCAAUCACAUAUACGAGGUUCAGGGUUUAAAUGAAAAGGAGGCUCUUCAGCUCUUUUUGCUGUGCGCGUCUAUAAAGAAUAUGAGAGAGCAGAAUCUCCACGAGCUUUCAGUCAAAGUAAUAAACUAUGCUAAGGGAAACCCUUUAGCUAUCAGUAUUUAUGGCAGAGAGCUGAAAAAUAAGAGAAAGGUGUCAGAAAUGGAGACUGCAUUCCUCAAACUCACGCGACGUCCUCCACUUAAGAUUGUUGAUGCAUUCAAAGGCAGCUAUGAUACUCUUAGUGACAGCGAAAAGAACAUUUUUCUGGACAUAGCUUGUCUCUUCCAAGGUGAAAAUGUCGACGAUGUGAAGCAGCUGCUUGAGGGUUGUGGUUUCUUUCCACAUGUUGGAAUCAAUGUUCUUGUUGAAAAGUGUCUGGUGACUAUUUCAGAAAACCGAGUGCAGAUGCAUAAUCUGACAAGGGAUGUUGGCAGAGAAAUUGUAAAUGGGGAAACAGUACUCAUUGAGAGGCGCAACAGACUGUGGGAACCUUGGAGCAUCAAAUAUUUAUUAGAAGAUAAAGAACGCACAACAAAACGUGCUCAGGGAACUGAAGAGAUCGAAGGCAUGUUUCUCGACACAUUAAACUUGAGUUUUGAUGUCAAGCCUGCUGCCUUUGAGAAUAUGCUGAACCUUAGACUCCUGAAGAUUUACUGUUCCAGUCCUGAAAUCCGUCAUAGAAUCAAUUUCCGUGAAAUCCACUCUCUUCCUAAUGAGCUAAGGCUCCUCCAUUGGGAGAACUACCCUCUGCAAUUUUUGCCUGAGCAUUUUGAUCCCAUGAACCUUGUUGAAAUCAACAUGCCGCACAGUCAACUUCAGAAACUUUGGGGUGGAACAAAGAACCUGGAGAUGCUAAAGACAAUCAGGCUUUGUCAUUCGAGGAAGCUGGAUUGUAUUGAUGAUAUUCUAAAAGCGCCAAAUCUUGAGGUAGUUGAUCUCCAAGGUUGUAUAAAACUGAAGAGUUUCCCAUCCACCGGUCAAUUGCUGCAUCUUCGAGUUGUAAAUCUCUCAGGUUGCACAAAGAUUAAAGAAUUCCCUGAGGUUCCACCAAAUAUUGAGACGUUGCAUCUCCAGGGUACUGGCAUAAGAAAAUUACCACUUUCUGCUGUUAAGUCAAGUGACAGAGUGCUUGCGAAUCUUCUAGCAGAAUUACCCGGUCUUUCAGAUGCCUUGAAACUCGAGCGUCUAACAAGUCUGGUGAAUUCUAACUCAUCUAGUCAAGAUCUUGACAAGCUUAUUUGUUUGGAACUGAAAGAUUGUUCUCGUUUACGAAGUCUGCCAGACAUGGUUAGCUUAGAACUUCUCACAGUUCUUGAUCUCUCUGGUUGCUCAAAGCUCAAGACUAUUCAGGGUUUCCCACGGAACCUGAAAGAGUUAUAUCUUGGUGGCACUGCGGUAGGAAAAGUGCCACGACUUCCUCGAUGUCUAGAACUCUUGAAUGCACAUGGUUGUGCCUCUCUGAAAUCAAUUCGAUUGGACUCUGAGCACCUUCCUAUGCAUUAUACAUUCAGUAAUUGUUUUAAUCUAUCACCACAAGUGAUCAGCAAUUUUUUAGUGGACGUACUGGGUAAUGUUAAUCGCAUACCAAGAGAUCGUCUGCACGAACUCAAUGAAUCUCCGGCUUUCAGCUUCUGUGCGCCGCCCUCACAUGCGAAUCAAGUUUCCACACUAGGUCUGAAACUAGGAUCUUCUGUAAUGACACAACUAGAUCCUUCUUGGAGGAACACGCUUGUGGGCUUUGCUAUGCUAAUGGAAGUUGAAUUUUCAGAGGAUUACUAUGAUGCUAAUGGUUUUGGCAUUAGCUGUGUUUGCAGAUGGAUAAACAAGGAAGGCCACUCUCGUAGGAUAGAAAGAAAUUUGCAUUGUUGGUCUGCAGGGCAAGUUGCUCCGAAUGUGCAAAAGAAUCAUCUGUUUGUCUUCUAUGAUGCUAAAAUGCGUCCAAGUACUGGCGAAGGAAUUGACCCGGAUAUCUUAGGUAAUUUAGUUGUAUUUGAAUUCUUUCCGGUCAACCAGGAAAUGAAGCGUCUAGAUGAUAGUUGCACAGUGACAAGAUGUGGGAUCUAUGCAAUAAAGAGCAAUACAGAACUUAAGAUGAGCUCACCAGUUUCGUCCUCGGAUCCGAUGGAGUGUUCUGGUGAUCAAGUUGAAGAAAUAUUGAGAGUAAGCUACGAUGGUCUAGAGGAGAUGGAUAAAGCUUUAUUUCGUUUCAUCGCGUGUUUGCUCAAUGACGAGAAUGUUGAUUCGGUGGCACCACAAAUUGCUAGCGCUGGUGUGAACAUUGAUUCUGGGCUCAAGGAACUAGCCAGUAAGUCUCUGAUACGUGUUUCUUCCAAUGGGGAAAUAGUGAUGGAUUCUUCGCUACGAAAAAUGUGGAAUGAAAUCCUCCAUAGUCAAUCCAUGCUGCCUAGUAGCUCGAAAGAUUUAACAAGAGACGUUGAGAAGGUCUCUGUGGCUUCUUCUUCGUCUCGGUCUUGGAAAUAUGAUGUUUUCCGGAGCUUCAGUGGGCAAGAUUUCCGCAAAAAUUUCCUUAGCCACUUGGCUGUGGAAUUCAAACGUAAAUCAAUCAUCACAUUUGAAGACACUAAGAUAGACAAAGGCAUGCCGAUUGGCCCCCUUCUUGUACAAGCGAUAAGAGAGUCAAGGAUCUCGAUUGUUGUGUUCUCUAAAAGGUACGCCUCUUCAAGCUGGCUCCUGGCAGAGUUGGUGGAGAUUACCAAGUGUAAGGAAGAGUUUGGUCAGAUAGUGAUACCAAUUUUCUAUGAUGUUGAUCCUGCGCAUGUUCGGAAACAGACCGGUGAAUUCGGAAGGCAUUUCAAACAGACUUCGAAGGGCAAAACAGAGGAUGAGAAACAGCAAUGGCAACGAGCUUUAAUGGAUGUAGCAAAUCUUCCAGGAUACCAUUCUCCAAGCUGGCAUAAUGAAGGAGAGAUGUUUGAGACAAUCUUGUCUGAUGUCUCAAACAUGCUGAACCAUACGCCAUCGCGUGAUUUUGAUGAUUUGGUUGGAAUCGACGCUCAUAUUGCAAAAAUGAUUCCGCUGCUGCACUUGGAAUCCGAUGAAGUGAAGAUGGUUGGAAUUUGGGGGCCCCCGGGGAUUGGUAAGACUACCAUUGCAAGACAUUUAUACAAUAAGAUCUGUCCAACAUUCCAGUGCUGCGCUUUUACAGAUCACCGAGAUGUUAAUAACAAGUUUGGCGAGUCAGAUUAUAGCGCAAAGAUGUAUAUACAGCAACUAGUUUUAUCUGAAAUUACGUACGUAAAGGAUUUAAAGAUACCUCAUUUAGGUGUGAUGCAAGACAGCCUAAAGUAUAAGAAAGUUCUUCUCAUUCUAGAUGGUGUGAAUGAUCGAUUGGUACUAGAUGCCGCAGCAGGAAAUAGUAACUGGUUUGGUCCAGGGAGCAGAAUUAUUGUGAUUACGAAAGAUUUAGCUCUUCUGAAGUCUCAUGGGAUUAGUUAUAUAUACAAAGUGGAUUUACCAUCUAAAAAGGAAGCUAUUCAGAUGUUAUGCCUUUAUGCUUUCGGGCAAAAGUAUCCAUUUGAUGGUUUCAUGGAACUUGCAACUGAAGCUGCAGAGAUGGCAGGUGCUCUUCCGUUGGUUCUCAGAGUUUAUGGUUCUUAUUUGCGAGGGAUGAGCAAAAAAGAGUGGUCGGAAGUGUUGCCUCGGCUCAGAAAUAGACGGGAUGGAGAGAUUGAGAGCUUAUUAAAAUUUAGCUAUGAUGGGUUACAUGAAGAAGACCAAGCUUUAUUUCUUCACAUCUCAUGUUUAUUUAAUCAUGGUACGGUUGAAUAUCUCACACGAUUGCUCACAAGCCACUUCAUGGAUAUUAAGUAUGGGCUUAGACGCUUAGACGAGAAAUCUCUCAUCCAUAUAUCAGAACACGGAAAUGUUAAGAUGCACGAUUUGCAACAAAAAUUUGGCAGAGAGAUCAUCCGUAAACAAUGCCCUGUUAAUCCUGGAAAACGUCAGUUUUUGUUGGAUCCCAGGGAUAUUAGUGAAGUCUUUGAGGAAAACACUGGGACAAGAAACGUUCUAGGGAUAUCGUUGGACAUGUCAGAGAUCAAGGAGCUUUUAAUAAGUGAGAGAGGAUUCGAUGGAAUGAAGAAUUUGCAGUUCUUGAAAUUCUACACAAACUUGGAGGAUAAAGAAGUUAAGGUGCGCUUACCUCAUGGUCUUGCUUAUCUGCCUCAAAAACUUACAUUAUUGCAUUGGGAGGGCUUCCCAUUGAGAUGUCUACCUCCUAACUUCAUUCCAAAUCAUCUCGUUGAACUCACAAUGGAAGCUAGCAAACUUGAAGUGCUAUGGAGUGGAAUUCAGCCUCUUGAAAGUCUCAAGUGUAUGAACUUACGGGGUUCCUUAGACCUGAGAGAAAUCCCAGAUCUUUCGCACGCCAUAAACCUUGAGACAUUGGAUCUUGGCGGUUGCUCGAGUUUGACUAAGCUUCCUUACUCUAUUGGGCAGCUCCAUAAAUUGAAGGACUUUGACAUGGAGCGUUGCAUAUAUAUGGAGGUUCUUCCAUCCGGCAUCAACUUGGAAUCUCUCUAUUACCUUAAUCUCAAUGGCUGUUCACGGUUGAGAAGUUUCCCACAAUUAUCAACAAGCAUUUCAGAUCUCUAUCUUGAUGGAACUUCGAUAGAGGAAGUUCCUGGUUGGAUCGAGAACAUCUCUGCGCUCACUUACCUAUCUAUGAAUGGGUGCAACAAGUUAAAGAAGAUUUCCCCAAAUAUAUCUAAACUGAAACUUCUCGUGGAGGUAGACUUUUCAGAAUGCAAAGCAUUAACGGAAGAAAGCUGGGAAAACCAUCCUGAGGAGAUAUGCACUUCCCUCAUGAUUGUAAACAUGUCUGGCAACAAUUUUGAGAGACUGCCAGACACAUGGAUUUCCAUUCAACCAAAAUAUCUUGAUCUCGGUAAUUGCAGAAGUCUCGUGUCACUGCCGGAGCUCCCCACAUCACUCUCUAUCCUGACGGCAAAUUAUUGUGAAUCACUUGAGAGUAUAUAUGGCUGUUUCCAACAGCCACAGAUGUCUCUCCAGUUUAUUAACUGCUACAAACUGAAUCAGCAAGCCAGAGAAUUCAUUCUACAUUCAGACUGUGCUUAUGCUAUCUUACCUGGUGGAGAACUUCCUGCAUAUUUUACUCAUCGAGUCGAUGGAAAUUUUCUAACCGUCUCAUUGCCUCGGAUCUCUCUUUCCAGAAAAAUCUUGAGUUUUAAAGCUUGCAUAGUUGUUGAACCAAGAGUAUGUUGGUUUGACUUUGGGGUGAUUUGGCUUUUCCGAGGUGGAAAGGAUAAUAAAUAUUUUAGUUUGUCGACAAACAUACACACUAAGACGAGUCAUCUCAUCAUAUUCGGUUUUGAGUUCUCCUGUGAUGGAUUCAAUGAUAAUCCAGCUGAGCUGAACUAUAGCGAUGUGCAGUUUGAGUUUUUUGGCGUUGACCACCAGAAGGAAAUAAUAAAGAUAAAAGAAUGUGGUGUACAGCUCUUGGAGCUUUCUUCAUCUCUGAAUGGUAGUAUGAAACGCUUUAAAACUGUGAACGGCGAGAUGUCUGGAGAUGACAACGCGGAGCCAAGUCGAAGCAGGAAUCAAAUGCGUAUAACUUAAAAAACAGCUCAAGAAUCUCCAGGAGGCCUUUCUAUAUUGGUACCAUGGGUACGCUGAAGCGUCUGGAGGCUUGAGCUUAGGUAAAUGAUGAUUGAAGAACUCACUUAUGUUUUCUGCUUAUACUGAAGAGCUCAUAAUAAUGCAUGAAACAUGAAACUGUCAUGGAUCUAUGUGGUGAUUUUGAACGUUGAUUUCUCGUUAGGCCAGACACUAGAUGAAGAUAGUACUGCUGGUUUGUUUUGAUUCGGUUUGGAUUGUGAACUCUGUUGACUUUCUGCUCUCUUUUUGUUACUGUGGAACACAAGGUACUGUUAUUGCUAGCGUGGUAAACAUCUAUUAAAAGUUGAUGUGGUAAUACAAA